GGGGAAUGGAAGGGACGGGAUUCGAACCAGCACUCCUUAAGGCUGAGUCCUGGACCGGGUGUUCCAACGUGGCGGGGUGAGAAGUCUAGCCCUAACGCCCCCCAGCGGGGCGCCUCGAGCCCCCACCCCGCGCCGCGGCUCGGGCUCCCCCGCGGUCCUGGAUCACAGAGGCCGUUGCCAGGCGCCCGGUGGAGCAAAGAUGCGGUCCGGGAACAGCAGCCGCCACUCUGGAGCAUUCGUCUCACGGAGUUCAGCAGGCCUGUCAAUGGCAGGAUACCAGCUCUGGUCACCGUGGUCCCCACUGGACGAGAGCCUCCAAUGGCUGCGGCACACGACACCUACACCUUCUUCUAAGCACCCCUUUAGGGCUUCCCUCUGCUUCUCACACACUCCUUAUCUUGAAGUGCAGCCGUGCUUUCAAGAGGUCCCCCCAGUCCUAGACAGCCCAUGCCGGGAGGCUGGGGUGAGUCCUAAGUUACCCUGCCACACAUCAGAGCUCCAAACUAUGAACAAGAAAGGGCUGCUCAGGAAGCCCCAGCCCGUCCGCCUCAGUGGAGUGGAUUCAGUCUUUGGCAGGAUCAUCACGGCUCAGCCACCAAGGUGGACGGGGACCUUCAGAGUUUCAGAAAAGUCAGCCUUUUGCAAAAUCAUCAGCCAGGAGCAGAAGUGGCCCACUGGAUUCAAGGAACCUCAGAUUCAGAUGUUAAUGACCAUGUGCAAACAGAUGCUGCGCUCUAUGCUCUUGCUGUAUGCAACAUACAAGAAGUGCACCUUUGCCUUGUACCACUCCAAGUAAAGGGUCCCCAUCUGAUUCCUGUUCCGCACACCAUACCCUUUGCUAUGUGCCUGAAGCUUACAGAAACCUGUCCAUGUAAAUAAAACUGUGACACUGCCCCAGCCAUCUUGCUUUUCUGUCAAGUGGUGACAAUUCAGGAGCCUUCUCCUCCCUUCCCCUCCAAAAAAGGGCCAGUGACAGAGUAAGGGAGAACAUUCCCACUGUAAAGUUGAACAACCAUUUAAAAGAGAGUCAAACUAGCAGUGACAGGUACAUGUGAUAAAGAACCAUUAAACAAACCAUAUAAACCAA